AUGGGGGUUUUGACUUUUUUAAUCUAUUUAUCAUGUUUGAAUCGUCGUAACUUGAGGUCUGAUGCUCAUCGCGAUGAGACAUUCGAAGACAGAUCGCCAGACCAGAGCGACGAUGACGAGCAUCAACAAGACAGAUCGCUAGACCAGAGCGACGAUGACGAGCAUCAACAAGACAGAUCGCCAGACCAGAGCGACGAUGACGAGCAUCAACAAGACAGAUCGCUAGACCAGAGCGACGAUGACGAGCAUCAACAAGACAGACCGCUAGACCAGAGCGACGAUGUCGAGCAUCAUCAAGACAGACCGCUAGACCAGAGCGACGAUGACGAGCAUCAACAAGACACGUGCUUGCAGAGCCCGCGCGAAAAGCACUAG